GUAGUACGUACGAACAUAUUUCGCUAAAAAACAAUGUUAUAUAAAACGCUUUUCAUUAUUUGUAUAAUUCUACCCAUUAUACGCGCAAAAAUAAGCAUUAAUAUAAAUAACGGUAAUGGAACAGAUAUAGGAGUGGAAUAUUCUGGAUAUGACAUUCACGUUAUUAACAAUGAGGAUAUUAAGUUAUUCAACAUCAACCAGUUAUAUUUGAAAGAAGCAGUACGUAGAUAUUAUAAAGUGAGACCUCAAAGUGUGUAUUUAAAGAGUCCAACACCAUGGAACGAUCUGUAUAAGAGCAAUGAUUGGGAACAAGUGUCGAGAAUUGUAUCUGUCAAAUCGGCUACGUUAAAGUUAAAUAAUAGACAAAAUACAGUGGUAUUAUCACAUGAUUUUGAAAACUAUUCGAAUUCUACUAUCAAAGUUAAUACAGCCUUAAGUCAAUCCGUUGAAAAUUCUAUUUCAACCAGCUGGUCAAUCAGCAAAGAGUGGUCAGUAUCACAACAAUUUGAGUAUGACGUUAAUGUGAUCUUCGCAAAAAUUGCUGGUACUACCGGUUUUACAUGGACUUCGAAUUGGGGUAAAAAUGAAGAAAAAUCUGAGACCUUCACAAUUGGAGCAACCAGUUCGGUAGAAACCGAGUUGAAGCCUGGACAGGCUGUGACUGCAGUUUUGACAGGAAACAGAAGAAUAUUGGAGAUUGAAGUCGUGUAUGCGGCAACACUGAGAGGGAAUUUAGCGGUGAAUUUCAAAAAAUCGUUUAGGGGUCAUCAUUUUUAUGGCCCCUCAAUUGUAAGUGUAUUGAAUACGGCCGGAAUGGAUACGGAGAAAUUAAUAACUGAGAAUAUUAAAGUCGGUGUUUAUAUUGAUCAUUCACUUAAAGUUUUCGAUAAGGCAACAGGAUUACCCCUGUAAAAUAGUUGAACGUUUUGAGUGCAUUUGAUUUAGGUAGAUUUUAAGUGGUAGAGAAAAGUUCUCCUUUGAAU